AUGGUGUCCGGUCAUCCAAAUAAUAAUAGCAACACAGAUGCCUAUGCAAAUGUCAUGCAAGGCAAAGUAUUAUUUCAUGGUAGUCAAUUACCAAAAUUAAUUUGGAAUCAAAUUAAAAUUCUUAUUGUGUCAAAUAAAGAUGAAUUUAAUACUGAACGUGAUAUAUUAUUGACAGAAACUUUACCAAAAUUACAACAAUAUUUUUUAACACAAGGUAUUUAUGUUAAUUUUAUUGAUUGUAAUUUAAAUUGGGAUCUUGAUGCAUUUCGGAAUCCAUAUCAUGUUUUACGUUAUAUGAAAGAGCUUGAUGAUGCUUAUAGAACAUCAACUGGUUUAUUUUUAUUAACAUUUGUUGGAAAUAAGUAUGGUUCUGUUGUGUUACCUACUGAACUAUCAACGACAGAUUUUAAUAAUAUAAAAAAUGUCGCAUCUGAUUUAAAUAAAGAUGUUAAAUUGCUCGAACGAUGGUAUUUACUCGAUGAUAAAUUAUUACCACCGGCUUAUAAAUUAAAAGAUCCAGAUGAAGAUUUUUCAAAUAUCUUGUCACGAACAAUAUCAACGUAUGACAUAAGUAUACGUGAAAAUCAAGAAUGGAAUGAUAUAUAUACAAGUUUAGCUGAUUUAUUCAUUAGUGUUCUAAAUGAAAAACCUAAUUUAAAAUCUAAACACGAUACAUCAUCCUUACAUGAUAUUCAAUUACUUUCCGGCGUUGAGGCACUAUUCAAUUUCGCUACUAAACUAUCUCCAUCCGGUUGUAUGUGUAUUUUAAGACAAUUUGAUGGUAUGUAUAUCUUUAGAGUUUAUUUCCUGAUUAAAUUACGUUUUUGCUUUUUCGUACACAAGAUAUUCUCUUAAUUGUUUUAGUUAUUAAUAGAAUAAAUAACUAGUAAUUUGAAUCUGUUAUUUUAAAAGGAAAAAAAAGAUUUGUUGCUACAUCAAAACAUAGUUUUUUUUAAUCUUAUUGAAAACUGUGUAAGUGUAUUCAUGCAUAGAUUUUGUGUUUUUUUUGUCUGUUUGAUGGGUCUUAUUAUUAUAACACCUUAUUCAGUUUGUCUAACAAAAUCAAAGCUGACGGUUUUCUUUUUCAAUCUUCCGAAAUAUUAAUGAACUUCUAAGAAACAAAAAAAUUGUUAAAAAACUUUUUUUUUGUUUUUUAUAUUAGAGGGAAGUAUUAUUUAGUUUUAGCAAUAAUGAAAUAUAUAUGAUUAUUUCAAUAAAAGUAAUAUAUUAAAAAUUUCAUGCAAUAUUAUUAACUCUUUUUCUUUCUAAAAAUUUUCAACUAAUGUAGUUAAACAACUAAUGGAAAUGACAAAAGAUAUCAUCUAUUUGUUUGCUAAGAUUAAUUCAAUUGUAAAAAAUUAUCAUUGAAUGACAAAAGAAAAAAGAAGAAGAAGAAAAAAAACAAAGUCGGUCAAGUAAAAUUUAAAGCGCAUUAUUCUGUAAAUAGUCAAGAUCGUCUCCAUAAGAAUUAUCUUUGAUUAACUCUAUAUAUAGUUAGAUAACUUUCAAUAUGUAAUUACAAAUAUACAAUAGCGUCUUAUUUCUACGGGUUGUUUCUUAGGUGAUUUAGAAUAAUAAAUAAUCUUUAAUAAAAAACUUUGAUGUUUCAUAGUAGAAACAAAUGUAUUGAAGAAAUCUCUCUAUGCUACCGCAUUUUUUCUGCACUAUAUUGGCUUCGCAGUAUUCUCUAUCUACUAAAAAUGUUUUAAAAAAACAUAUAUAUAUAUAUAACUAUAAAAGCCGGAAAAAAUGGAACAUUGAGAAUUGAGCUUUUUAAUUAAACAUCAAGUG